GGAAGAUGGCCGUCGCGUGCUGACCGUGUUUGUUGUGUUUAUUAAAUUUUACUCGGUUUUUUAAUUUGAUACACAUUAUUUUGUAUUUAAGUUAGUAUAAAAGUCGAAGUAGUAGAUUUUUUAUUUGGUGAAGUGAUUUUAUGGUGUUUUUUGUUAGUUUUCUUUCAUAAAGUGUAUUUUUUAAUGUGAUCAAAGUUACCACGCAAGUUUGAAGCUUUUACAGUGGAAUGUUGUGAUAAAAUCAUUGUGGAUACAGUGUUGCUUUCGACUUUUGUGUCAAUAUUCUAUCUGCGUCUUUAAGAUGGCGCACCUCGCUACGAUGUAGCGCCGCCUGGUGCGCGGUGGUAUCGCGAUGAAUGCGCGGGCGCGGGUCGCACUAGUGUGCGCGUGUGUGUGUGUGUGUGCGGGUGUGGUGGCCGACGCCAAGCAGAUGAGUGAGACGCUGCAGAGAGCGCUGUCGGCCGUGCGCGGACCCAGCCCCGGAGCCAAGAAGCUGCUCAACAUCCCCGACGACGGAGCGGAUCCCUUGCCCGGCAAGCACGUCCCACUGGAGAGCUAUGAGAGCGAGUUGGAGCGGGAGCACGCGCUGCCGACGUCCGUCCCCAACGCUGACAUCCUCAAGACUAACAGCAACCCCACCUACCACAAGCCCAGGCCGCCGGCGCACCACGGCGCGUCGCUCCUGGCCGGUCUGGGCGCUGCGCCCUCGUACGCCCCGCCCGGCCGGACGCUCAUCACACCGCCGCUGCCGCCCCAGUACCGCAACCCCUUCGCGGACCGCCCCACGCUCAGAGGCACCAACACAGAUGGCAACAGUUACGUAAACCGGCGCCCCAUUCCUCCGCCUUCCCUCGGCGCCGGACACGAGAGGAUACCCAUCAGACCUCCAGGACAGGAAACCUCGUCGCCGCAAGUGCCGGCCCCUCCCCCCGCACCGCCCGCGCCACCUGUCCCUCCGGUGGGACUUGAACCGCAGAAGAAAAAAGCUUUAAACACCCCCAGCCACAAGCCGGAUGAACUGGAGAUUGAGAAGCAUGGAACUGAUCAGGCUAACUUUACGGACUUCGUGCCCAAUUCUCUCAACAUCCCCACGAUAUCCAGGAUACUCUCCGGCUCCAACGGCAGGAAGGAAGAUAUCCCGGACGUGCUCCUCAGAACUGUCACCGCCAAACCUCAUCACAGUCAGGAGAAAACAUCCAAGAACGAUAUAUACGUCACUAAAGAUUCUAGUGUCACUCUUAGUGAUUCCAGUAGAGACGCGUCUACCGAAGGCGCGCUGGCUGUUCUAGAUCCCGAGAUGAAUAAUUUAGAUAGGCCGCUCAUUAUAGAUCAGAAUGGUGAAACAAACACCAAAAGGAACUUACAAUAUGCGACCAACAGGUCAGAUAGAAAUGAUAGUAGGAAAGAGUACACGCCGGCGACGACAGUGGGUUUCGUACUAAAAGACCCAGAAAUGUCCACGGAGAGGUACCACAACUUGGCUAAUGUGAAUUCAGAUAAAAAGAUAUUAAAACAAGAUACGAAAAGUCCAGGACUGGUUCAGAGGCCGGGAGUGACGUGGCCUUUCGCUUGGAACGUGCACAUAUACCUGGCCACGGUGAUGUUUACGAUACUCGCGGUGUAUUCUAUAUUUAAGAUUAUCUGCUAUAAUAAGUUCACGCAUCUCUUCACGCAGUACUAUUUCAUAAUAUUACAUUUGAUUUUGGUGUUCGUCUGUCUCAUGAGGAUAUUCUACAUGUGCUACGACCCUUAUAAUAUUAAUAAUUCACUGCCGGUGUUCAUAAGUGAAAUUCUAUUGCACAUACCUGAGAUAUUCUUAAGCAUAGCUUUUACGAGCACAAUAUUAUUCUUACUUACGAAUAGUAUUAACUUUAAAACAACGUGUUGCGCCUUCCUGUUCCGAUCCAGAACGGUCAUGAUCGGGGGUGGGUUGCACUUGUUGUCGUGUAUAAUGUUACAUAUCUUCGAAAGUAAUAGUACGGUUUAUAGAAACUCGCAAGGAGUAGAAAGAAGGGUAUUAGGUGUAACGUGUCAAAUUAUAUUUAUAAUAGCUUGCCUGACACUAGGGCUCUGUUACCUCUAUGUCUACAGAAUGUUGAAAGCCGUCUUGCAGAAGAAGAGCCACACGUAUAUUCACGGUUUCCAAAAUCUGUACCAAGCGAUACAUAUAAAUUUAGCAACAGCGUUGCUAUUCGUACUUAUGGCAGCUCUCCAAAUAUUCGGUAUCUUCAGUAUUAAUCACGUGAACAUGACAAAAUUCGAUUGGCUGCAGUGGGGAUAUCAGUUCUCGCUGCGGUUAAUCGAGAUCAGUGUGGUGGCUCUUAUUUCUUGGGUGAUAAGUCUCAAAGUGGGCAUUGUUGCCUCGCUGCAACAUGAGAAAGCGGACGGUCAAAAGAUUUCCGGGCUGGGGUUGUUCCCGUGCGCGGGCGGCUCCAGCAACGAGCAGUUCGAAUCAGACUACCCCGCCAUCUGCAACACUAACACCAACUUGCACACCUACACCCUCCGCACGGGGAAACCCAUCUACGAAGGUGCCGGCCAUCAUCCCAACGUUUCCGACCAGUGCUGCGGCCCGGUCGACCAUCCUCGCUUCCAGCUGAACACGUUAGCCCCCGGCUGUGACAACGCUUCUGGAACCGAGAACUACUCCGGCCACAGUUCCAUAGGGAACGCGGGCCACAGCAGUUCCACCGAGUCCAGCAACGCCACCUCCAGCCAGGGUGUGACCAACCACUUGAUCAAGCACCACCCAAGCGUGGCGUACAACGGCAUUGAGUGUGCGUCAGACGACCACUACUCCAACUGUGACCCCGCGAUGCAGUCGCUGCAGGGCGACGACCCCCUGGACCACGAAUACAACGUGAUUCAGUACGGCAGCAACAGCGACUUCAUCCGGGACAUCAAGAACCAGAACUACACGAGCGCGUCCAACCGCAGCUCGCACAACUUUAAGCACAUGUCGUACGACCGCGUGUCCUCGCGCACCAACAGCAACCCUCGAAAGAAACACCGGCCUAAGAACAAGAACGUUCAGAACUGUAUGACGAUGGGCUACGAGCCGUCCGUGAGCCACCACUACCACCAGCCCCACUUGCCGGACGAGUACGGCAACUACAACGCCGAGGGCGCGUCCUACCACGCCUCCGGGAUUCAAACUCUGAACCCCAACAGGAGUUACGAGGUGCGAAGCUCGCAGCGUCGCAACUCUCCCUCCGCCUCAAUAGUCAACUCCAGCGGGAGUCAGAAGCGAGGCAAGGGUAACGGGUUCCCCGAUCGACCCAAGUCGACAGAUCUGUACGGUUUCGAAGAAGAUCCAAACGAGAGAAGCUAUCCUGUAGGAAGCCCUCAGCCCGCUCCCCGAAACUGUUAUGAGUAUUCCCAGCCGCAGGACGACAUCGGUCCGAACGAACCGGCCGGAACCAUGCUGGUGGCCCAGGACGGCUUCGUUCGCUUCAGGCCGUUGGAAGACGGACCCUCGCAAACCUGAUUCCCCAUGAGCCUGUCCGCGGUGACAGAGAACCUUCACUUCUGACGGUGUCGUCAGCGUAAACCUUUUAAAUUAUUCAAUUCGGCUGUCGUCUUGUCACUUACAAAUUGUCAUUAGCAGCUCGAGCACUAUUUUUAGUGAUCGAGUCAAUGAACCGCAAAUAUUUUUUUAAUUUUAACGUUUGACACAUAACUUAAAGUUCCAAUACUUACUGUAUGUUCUUGAUCAAUUCGGCCGAAUGCGAGCCCCAAUCUAUGUGUUGUUGCGGUGUAUGUACAUUGUCUCUGUAUAGUUAGAUAUAAAUAUCGGUGCGUAACCGAGCGGCCUCCUGUACAUAGAGCUAGUUUGUUUAAGAUUCGUGUAAAUUAAGAGACAUUCUCGAGCGAGACGAUGCCAUUAGUUUUUAUAUACGUAACUAAUUGUGGGGUGACCACCAGUGUUUAGUGGCCACGUGUCCGUUCAGGGUAUUUUCAAUCAUAGGGCAUCAUUUACAUUAUUUGUGUCUUGAGCAUAUGUUUGCAUAUGCUUAUAUAAACACAUAUUAUUAAUUCGAAGAGGCUAUUUUCUCAGUUUGAAUGAACUUAAGUGAACAAUAAGUUCUUGCGUCAAACAACAUGUCUGUCGUGUAAUAUAAUGACACUUUCAUCAAUACACAAAAAACAUAGAAAGCGUCAAAUAAUAAAUCAAAUCAAAUCAAGUAGGUCUCGGAAAUGACACUUAUAAAGAAAAACUUUUUUUUUAUUGAAUCUACUGCUACUUCGAAAGCGUUGAGCUAAUGAAAAGAAGUAGCAAGAUAUUCUUUGCCACUCUUUUAAAUCAAGAUUUACAUUUUCAUCGUUUUACAAAUCAUUUCAAUUACAAUAUAAUAUGUAAAGCGAUGCAAAUAAAUUAUGUAAUUCUCCGGGAUAGAUCAGAAUAGCCGGGAUUGGCGACUCAAAUAUUAACAAUUUAAAAUAGUCGAUUGCCAGUAGAGAGCCCUGUCAUUAAAACAAAAACACCUCAAUGAGACAGACAAAGGCGUCGCAGUUUACAUCGAGGCGGACGCGGGUGUUUGAAAUAGACCCGAAUAUAAAUAUUAAGUGUUACUCAUAGAUAAUAAUAUGUGUUGAUAUCAUAUAACUAUUAUGUUUAAUAUUUCGAUUUAUACGCGUGUUUAAAACGAUUUAACUCAAAUAUUGUCCUCUACAUAGUUAUUAAUACUUAAUGUAUAACGAAGCUGCCAUAAUGUUAGAGUAAAUAGUUUUAAACACAAUAAAAUACCAGACGUUUUAUUUACGAAUAAAACUAAUUUAAUGUGAUAUGUAAUUUUGUUUGAAAGUAAUUCUGUCCAUAAUUAUUAAGAUUAUCUAUUUAUCGUAUUGUAUUAUUGUUUUAGUUUCUUUGCAUUUAAUCAACAGUUUAAAUUAUAACCGAUAAAGUUUAUAAUCAUAGUAUAAAGUGAAUGUUGAUUUUUAAUAAUAGUGUAAAUAUUUGAUUCUCGGUGUGCUCGGGGGUGGAUCUGUGGUGUUCUUUAAUAUAACAAUAUCACGGCAGCUAGAGAGAAAAAAAAAAUAGACUAAGUUGAUAAAAACAAAAUGGCGGGUAACCGAUAAUCAUGACGAUUUGUAAUAAAAUUCCUCUCGUACGUCGAUAAAGAAGUUUCACUUCAAAAACGCAUGUUCUUAGUAUAUUUACAACUUAAUCACAGCGAAAAUUAACAGAAAUAAGUAAUUAUUACCCCCCUUGUAUGCAGACAACAUAAUAUGGAAUUUUAAUUUGUGUUAAAAUUUUUAAAUUAUUAUAUGAUUGCACCUCCGGAGCACACCAGGAUCACGACGUUCGAGAACGGCAGCACGCCCUCUCUGGCGCGCCAUGAUGGUAGUACUUACUGAUGCUGCACGAAUCGUUACCAGCUCCACAUAUUCCUGAUAAUGUUUCCUAUUUUAUUUUUGAGCCACUUCUGAUAUUGUUUUAUGUGUGGGCAUACAUUAAUACUACCUUAUAUGUAAUAGUUGUGGUUCUGCAUUUUUCGUGCAGCAAACUGUUAAAUAUCAUGCUAGUCAGAGCAAUAACUCUUAAUACUAUUGAAGGCCCGCCAUUUUAAUUGAGACGUAAAGAAAUCUACAUGUUUCAAACUUGCAAAUUGCUUAGUUGUAUGUAAAUUACCUAACAGUUUUAAUAUUAUAAAUAUUUUAAAUAUAUCUAUAUGAUGUUAAGAUAUUUAAUUUGGAAAAUCACAAUGUUUGUAGUUAAAUAAUAUGAUUAUGGUGUCGAAUGUCGACAACCGACACGAGCCGGUAGCUAGGACACAAUUGUAUAAAUUUAGUUAAAAAUAUGAAUAACACGCGCCGCUCUCCAAUCAUGUUUAUUUGUGUGUCGCCACCUUUAUGUUGUAAGUGUAUAUAUUGCGGGUAGUCGCGUAUCCGCCGGCGAUCGUUCGGUUUAUGUAAAUUAUACCAUUUUCUUUUAAUGUUUCCAAGACUGUAUUUUUAUCAUUUUACGAAAUCAACUGACAUUUAUUAUUAUGUAUAAAUAAAUUGAAACUGAAUUUGA